AUGGGUAGUUUUUCCUUCCUCCGUAUCUGGAUUUCUUUAGGCAAUUGUUCCGAGACGCCAAAUGUCGAAUUUUUCAGAUUUUUUGGUAAUUCAAUAUUAGCUGAUUAUCAUGCUCUUGAUUAUUUAGAGGAAUAUAGAUGCAGACAGGACCCAUUUUUAUGUUUAGAAAUAGCCAUCAUAGCACCUUUAAAACAUAUACAAACUGAUAAAAAGUAUUUAAUAAUAAUUGAUGCACUCGAUGAAUGCGACACACCAAUGGGAAACGAUCUAUAUGACUUACUGGCCAAAAAGGUAUCUGAUAUUCCACCAUUCUUCCAGUUCUUAUUUACAUCUAGGAAAAUACGUAAAGUUCUGUAUGAGUUCACGACACUUCGAAAUGUGUUAGAAAUCGACUUGGAAAAAUUCGAAGAAAGGAAUAUUCUUGAUGCACACAAAUUAAUUGAAAUAACAUCUAAUCUAACGGACGGAAAGACAUUGCAACUUGUGAAAAUGUCCAAUGGGAAUUUACUUCAUAUAAAUUCGUAUCUUGAUUACUACAGAAAAAAUACAGCAUGGGAGUUUUCCAAAGUUCCAAAAACACUAGAAAAUAUUUACCAUCUUAAUCUUGAACGAAUUCUUGGGACAAAUGGGUCAACAUUUGUACAGUUGAAUGCCAUAUUUGAGGUUUUAUGCGCUGCAGCAAACCCUAUAGAUUUUGAAGAGUUAUUCUUAAUUACAGAUGUUGGUGCUAAUAAACGUAGAACAUUUUCUAUGCUUCUAGGCAACGAAUUUGGUCACUUUCUGCAGCAUUUUGACAACAAACUCUCCUUCCAACAUAAAUCUUUGAAAGAAUUUCUAACAAACGACUCCAGAAAACUUUUGCCAUUUUAUAUAAAUAUUACAAGAGGACAUACGUUAUUCAUUAAGCAUUUUCUACACGAACCGAUGUACCAAAAUGUUCGUAACGAAAAGGAUUUACUAGAUAUAGCGUCUCACGUGGCUUUGACAUACAACAACCAGUUUGUCAAAACAUUUCUCAAGUUAUUCAAUAGAACACAUUUAGAUCAUACUAGACUUUUAAUAUGUAUGGCAAGCGAAGUUAAUUGCUAUGACACCGCAAAUCUAAUUAUUCAGCUGAUUACUCAGUCCGGUUUAAGCAGUUCAAACAUGUCAAAUGCCGCCUUCAUUGCAUCUUCGAAUGGAAAUUUCAAAACAUUGAUUUCAUUUCAUGAAAAAAAGGUCAACUUCAAAUCGAAGUAUAAUAUUUAUCUGGAGCAUUCAAUGAAAGGGCCUGAAUUAGUACACAUGUGUAAAUUUAUGUUUUUCUGUGGGUACAAUGUAUUCCAUAUUGCAGCUCAAAGGGGAUAUGUUGAAAUAGUGGACUAUCUACGUAACAAAUAUCCAGAUAUUCUUUAUGAGCAAAAUAGUAUUCAUUUAAAUGCAUUUCAACUUGCUGCAGAAAACGGACAUACAAAACUAAUUGAACUAUUUCUUGAUAUCGAUUUGUCGCUUGCGGAUCAGCAUUCCUUAUACUACGCGUCACAACACGGACAUGGUGAAAUUGUUUCACUCUUGCUUAACUACGUUAACGAAACCUGUUUACCAUGUAACGGAACUUUAUAUUGGCUUCCCGCCUUAUCAUUUAGAAAACAGAAUAACAUAACAAUUCAAAUUGAGGUUCUGGGUAAAAACUCAAAUCACCUCCAUAAUCUAAACUUAUCACUUUUAGGUCAAAUGCUAUAUAACAUAGAACAUGCAGUGCUUUUGGACGACUGGCGGCUUAUAACUUGUGAAAGUGCUUUAAACGCAGCUGUUAGGAAUGGCCACUUAAGAAUAGUCAAAUCAUUACUGGAAGAAAAAGUAAACACUUUACAUUGUGAAAUGUUUGAUGGGCGUACACCCUUAAUGACAGCCGCGAUGUAUGACCAGACAGAAGUAUUUAGAUACUUAAAUGAUUCCGGUGGACAUUUUGCUUUUCGUUGUAAGAGAAAAUGUGUGUAUGAGGACAAAAUGGAAAAACCGGAGUUGGAUUUAUUAAAUGAAAAGACAUGUCCAGAAAACGGAAGUUUUUCACAUUUGUUAGCAAUUCACAACAGCUAUGGUAUUAUCAAAUAUUUACUAAAAAAUGGUUUUGACGAUUGGGAAUCACGCGACAGCAAGGGAUUAACUCCUUCACACUAUGCAUUUUGUUGCAAUAGCAAUAACUUUAUAAAACUUGUAGUGUUUGCUGAUAAAGACAAGGUGCACUUAAAUCUAAACUCAAAGUCGUCUAAUGGAUCUACUCCCUAUCAUUCUGCAGCAAUCUGUAAAUCACUCAUUCUCUCUCAUUAUGUUGAUACGAGUGUCAGAAACAUACCAGACAAAGUUGAUAACAACAACCGCAGUAUUUUACACUAUGGAUUGAUGCAACUAGUUAGUCAGGAAGAGGCAAUACAAAUUGACCGAGUCGGAAAGGAUUAUUUUUUGGAUUUAUUGUUUAGAGUAGCUAUAAACAAUAAGCAUGAUUAUAUGAGAUUAGACAUGGACGGAAGAAAUGUUUUGCACUAUGCAGCAUCUAGUGGUAACUACUGGGCAUUCUUGAAGGUUGUGCAGACUCUGAAGAACGAUGAAAUUAACGUACUGUUAUACUGUAAAGACAAAAGAGGAUAUACUCCCCUAAAAGCAGCAUUUGAUGCGUUAACUCCCCGUCAAUCAUUUGAAUCUCUUAAAAUCCCACUUAACUGCAGUCUGAAUGAAUUAUUUUCAACCCCAUGUAAGGCAAAUUUGUCAGUUUUUCUUUUACCUCAUGAAUAUUUUAUAUUUACAGUCUCAAAAUAUCUGUCAUCUUCAAAUUAUUUCACCCCAUUCAAUGUAAAAGAUUAUUUGAUUUUGGCUAUAAAUAAGUCACGAAUAUAUCCUGUUUUAGUUUUAAAGAGUUACGCACCAAAGGAAUUUAAUGACAUUGUAUCAACCUCUACCGAAAUACCAUCUUUACUUGCUAAAUCAGACAUACAAAUCAUAGCUGAGCAUAUAUUUAAUGCUGACAAUUCUUUGCGUUGCAACAAAUCUGAAAGUCCUCUGCACCAACUAGUGCUGAAUGCAAUGAACGGCCACGAUAUUUCACCAUUGAAUUCAUUUCUUAUUAAUGUGUUUAAGAAAUUUUCCUCUUCGUAUCUUGAUCAAUGUUAUGACAAAGACGGAUAUAAUUUAUUACAUAGAGCCGCAAUGGGAGGAAACAUCGGAACAAUGAAACUUAUGUUAAAAAGAGGAAUGAAUGUUUCUCGUCUAUCAAAGAAUGGCCGCAGUGUCCUUGAACUAUGCAUUUAUUCUUCGCCUUUUUUGAAAAACGGCCGAGUUCCCUCAUAUUAUGUUAGCGGUCCGAGAUUCCAUGUCUUAGAAUAUGUUUUCCAAUCAGAGACAUUAAAUAUAUCUUUUGACAGAACACAUACUAUUGACUUUGACACAACCUCAGAUUUAUUGGUGGACAAAAUGGCAGAGUCUUUGAAGAAAGAUGUACUUCAAAAGGAUAUAUGUAACAGAAAAAAUAUUGGAUAA